AUGAGUUCGACUCCGCCCACAUCACACCCGCGAAUUCUCAUCGCAGGCGCCGGCAUCGGCGGCCUCACAACCGCCCUCACACUGCACGCCGCCGGCUUCACAGAUAUUCACAUAUUCGAGGCCGCGUCAUCUCUGACAAACUUGGGGGUGGGCAUUAACGUCCAGCCUUCUGCAGUACUCAUCCUGCGGAAUCUCGGCCUCCUGGCAGCUCUGGAAAGGAUUGGUGUAGAGACGCAAGAGCUGAACUUCUACAACCGCCAUGGGGACAGCAUCCUGAGUGAGCCACGAGGCAAGCACGCCGGAUACACAGUGCCACAGUUCAGCGUCCAUCGGGGCGAUUUCCAGCUCUUCCUCCUGGAGGCGGUGCAGGCGCGUCUUAGCAGCGCUAGAAUUCAUCUGGGACAUGCCUUGGCAUCCUGGGACCAGACCGACGGCGGAGAUACCAUCACGGCCCAUUUCGUCCGCCGCGAACGGCCCGCCCGCGCAGUCAACGGGGACGAAAACGCAAACGUGUAUCCGUCUGGGGGCCAGGCCGAGAUCCCCAGCAUGACCGGCUCCUUGCUCAUCGCAGCUGACGGCAUCAACAGCACCGCUCGUCGCCUGCUCUACCCGGAUGAGGGACCCCCACGAUUUUCCGGUCGGAUCCUCUGGCGCGGGUGCACCGAGCGAGACCCGUACCUGACUGGGGCAAGUAUGAUAUGGGCGGGCCACGCCAACCAGAAAUUCAUCGCAUACCCCAUAGGCAGGCGGGGGUCGAACAAGGAGAAGUCGAUGGUCAACUGGAUCGCCGAGCUGCGGGUUCGCGAUCAGGGAGACCCCGAUACCACGCCGCCGGUCACGGACUGGACCAAGUCUGUGGAAAAGAGCAUAUUCCAGGGCCCAUUCGAGGGCUGGACAUGCGGUGGUCUCAAGAUCGUAGAGGACCUGAUAGAGCCGACGGAACAUGUCUACGAGUUUCCGAUGUGUGACCGCGAGCCCAUCGACAGGUGGAGCUUUGGUAGAAUGACUCUGCUGGGCGAUGCUGCGCAUGCCAUGUACCCUAUCGGCAGCAAUGGCGCCAGUCAAGCCAUUAUUGACGCCGAGACGUUGGCGUCGUGUCUUUCGGAUUGUCUCGAAAAUAUACCAGCAGCAUUGACAAGAUAUCAGGAGAUAAGGCUCCCACCAACAGCAAAGAUCGUAUACGCAAACAGGGCAAACGGGCCAGAUCACGUGUUGCAGCUUGCAGAGGAGAGGGCGCCUGACGGGUUCGAGGACGUUUACAGUGUCAUACCAAGGGAAGAGCUGGAAUCCGUCGGCGCAAAGUACAAGGCUGUCGCUGGUUUCGAGAUGGAGGCUGUCAACGUAAGAGCAAGGGAAACCGAGCAUUUGGCGGCCAGAUGGGCUUGAGCCGAGCCGCAGUAC